AUGACCACCGACCUGCCCCCCGAGGUCCACUUCCCCCUGGACAAGCAGAUGCUCCCCGUCCCCGGCUCAAAGCAGCCCGGUUUCUCGUCCAUCUACAAGAGCGCCGCGCUCGCAGAAUACUCCACCAGCUGCACCGUCUACGAAACACUGCUGCGUGCAAAGGACGAGAACCUCAAGUCCGACGUCGCCGGCUGGAGACCCUGGAACCCCGUCACCAAGGACUUUGAAAAGCACUUCGAAUGGUACACCCACGAGGAGGUCGAGGAGGAGCGCACCGCCAUCGGCUCUGGUAUCGGCGCCCUCGCUCGCCAGGGCCGUCUCGGUGACGGCGUCGGCCAGACCGAGUUUACCGUCGGCAUCUGGACUCUCAACAGGCCCGAAUUCAUGAUCAUCGACUACUCCAACAUCGCCUACUCGCGCAGGACCGUCAGCCUCUACGAGACCUACGACGCCGCUUCCGCCCAGUACAUCAUCGACCAUGCAGAGACGCGCAUCCUCUUCACCACCCCCAACCACGUCGGCGUCGUCCUCGCCGCAGCACAGGCCGGCAAGCUGCCCCUGCUCAAGGCCAUCGUCAUCCUCGACUCCUUCCGCCCCUCCAAGCAGGCCGUCAAGGCCGCACUCGUAGACCCGCUCCGCGACACGCUCGCAAAGGAGUGGGCAAAGACCUGCGGCAUCGAAAUCUUCAACUGGUUCGAGAUCCUCGACCUCGGCCGCAACAACAUCGCCGCCCACAUCCCGCCCAACGUCGACUCCAUCCACUCCUUCUGCUACACCUCGGGCACCACUGGCAACCCCAAGGCCGCCAUCAUCACCGCUGGCAUGGGCGGUUACGUCUCCACCGCCAUGGCCUUCCACAAGCGCGGCGCCUACACGCUCAUCUCCUACCUCCCCACCGCACACAUCUACGCGCGUCUCUGUGAGAUCGUCGCCGUCCGCACCGGCGGCAGGAUCGGCUACUUCUGCGGCGACACCACCCGCCUCCUCGAGGACAUGGCCAUCCUCAAGCCGCAGAUGUUCCCCUCGGUGCCACGCGUGCUCAACCGCAUCGCCGCACUCGUCCAGGCACAGGCCGCCGCCCCCGGCCUCAAGGGCGCGCUCCUCCGCAAGGCGCUCGCCGCCAAGAUCGCAAACCACGACCGCGACGGCACUCUCACACACGCGCUCUACGACCGCCUCAUCUUCAGCAAGGUCCAGGCGCUGCUCGGCGGUCGUGUCGAGUACAUUGUCUCUGGCUCCGCCCCCAUUCGUGGCGAUGUGCUCAAGCUGCUUCGCGUCGUGCUGGCCGGCCUGGCAUACGUCGGCAGCGGCGGCGCGCGGUCCUCGUAUCCCUGCGGUGGUGCGGCCAAAUGUCCGUACUGCGAUGAGCCCGGAGGCGCAUAA